UGUACUAGAGGUGAAAACCAACAGUUUUUACCUUAACUCCUAAUGAUCAGUAAUUUCAAGCAUUUCAUUAUUCUAUAAAAACUCCAAAAUAAUUUUAAAAAUUUCAAAUUCAAACCAACAAACUUCUCCUCGUUUGUCAUUACAAAUGUGUCACAUUGCCAUUGAACUGCAUAGUAAAUAAAAUUUCAAGUACACUUUGAACAUAACAUACAAAUUGAAAUUGAUUUAUUUUUUAAACUAUUGAAAUAUUUAAGAAAAACACCAACAACCAAAGAACGAAGUUUUUCAAAGAAAAGACGCGCAGCGAAACAAAUAAAAACAGCGACAAUGACCUCGCAAGCAUCAUCAGAGUGCGACGGGCCAUCGUCCGGACCAUUUGACGGGUACAUAACACGUAAUAGUGACUAUCAAAUCCCGGCCGAUAUUCAAGAUAAGAUAAAUGCUUUACGUUUUUUACUCGAAACCGAUCUCAUCGCGUGUGACGCCAAAUGGACACUCUUUGUGGCAGCUGCGCUGAGCUAUCGCUACGACACGCAGCUGAAGCCAUUUCCGCCACGUUUUGUCUCCACCGAUGCGGGACUCGAUAUUGAUGCGCUCAUUUCGGUCAUCAAUGAUACACCGAAACUGCGUGUGGUGUUGCAGAAUAUUGUCGAGGAGAAUUACGAUGAAAUCGAUGCGGACGUUUUAGAUCUGCUGCAUCAUGUGCUGGUCGUGCAACGCGAACCGAUGUUACAUCUGGUCGAAGAUAAUGAUUUCGAUGUGAUUCUAAGUAAUAUGGAACAAAGUGAGCAAAUACCGAGACCGACACACGUCUUUCGGGUUUGUAAUGUGCCGAUUAUACACGAGGCCAUACAAGAGGAGCCAACGUACAAGGAAGGCGAUCAUCCGCCGAAAUUAGCAUUUCAUGGCAAUCGUCUUGACUGCUUUUUUGCUAUGCUGACGCAGGUGGGCGCUUGCAAACAGCAACCACCGAACACAGAAAAUGCCGGCGACGAGCUAGAUGUGCCACUCAAGUUGACCACGGAUUUGCAAGUCGCUUUGCAGCAUAGUCCAAAUGGCGCCGGUUGGGGUGCAUCCAGCUGUGGUUCGAUGAUCUCCUGUGUGGCGAUUUGUGAAUUCGAAAAUCAUCCCGAAUAUGUAUUCGGCGAUACUGCCAGUUCAAUAAUCGAAGUACGCAAGCCGGAUUUGGUACGCAUACGCUAUUUGCUCUUCUAUGGCAGCCGUUUUCCCGAUGAAGAAGAGCCAGAAGAGAAGCGUCCAGCUAGCUGGUUGGGCCGCAAUAAGUAUUCGCUCUCACUGGCAUGCUAUAUGUUGUUGUUGGCAUCGAUUGGUGUGGCCAACAGUGGCAGUGGGCAAUACUGGAAGCAGGUGGUGAGCAAGAAGGCGCAUUUAUUGCUGGACUUCUGUAGGCGCAUUUUUACGCCCGAGUAAGGGAAACCAGAACGCGGGUUGUAAUUUCAAAUGUACAUAGAUAACAGAACGAGGCGUUUGGUAAAAUUUGUUAUUUAUACCUUAUAUAUAUUUCUGUUUAUGUGCAACGAAUAUUCGUAGUAAUAAAUUAAAAUAAAUCAACAAUAUUUAAAAACUCA